CAGUGCGUUACCAAAGACAUGAAUUGGUAUAUUUUCAACAAGCUCAGAAGAUACAACAGAGAUGGCGAUAUGUUGAUUCGUAUAACAUCGUACUUUUAAUUACUGAUAAGGACUAAAUACAGAGCCGGAACGUUUGACAUGUGUUUUAUGUACUAGACAGUUCGUCAAAUAUAAACAAGAAUAAGGAACUAAUCAUGGAAGAUCAUAUACACACGGAGCGAUCUAUAUUUGCGAAUGUUGCUUCGGAUCACAAAGUAUACGUGCCUUUUAUGCAACAAUCACAGAACGUGAAGCCAUGUGUCGAAGGGAGCAGUGUGCCUGUGCUAACGCCCGUCGGAAACACACAAACGGCUCAGCCACAAGAUUACAUCAAUUAUAAUAUAAUGUCCAAUGAUGAUGUUAGCGCAUAUCCCACCAACACGUCCCCGGCGAAUUAUAACAGCAACGUAGAUGUUAUCAACGCAACAGGGAUGAGAAAUAUCAAAUACAUGAAUAAUUGCAUGUCGAAUUAUGAACUCCAGUACCUACAUGAUCGGUAUUCAGCCGCUGCUUGUAAUCACUCGUCAAAGUGUUCUGGUAAACAUUCGGAGAAGAAAUACGCCAAUUCUAGUUAUUAUCAUAUGGAGAAUGUAAAAUGCAAAGACGGAGAGGCGAUCAGUCAAAGCUGCGAUGGUCAUAAAUCGAUGGAGAUCGAUGAACCUAUGGUAAGGCCAUGUUCGAGUAACAAUUAUGUGAUGAAUUUCAGUUUAUCUUCGGAAAGUGAAGAAAAGCUUGUCAGUAUCGAUAAUAGCGAUUCUCAGAGCGAGAUAGUUAGCUCAGAGACUUCAUCUUGCUAUAAGCAGUGUAUGGAUGAUGACCCAGAAAAUCAACGAAAGAUGACGAACGCCAAGGAACGACAAAGAACACGAGACCUUAAUAACGCAUACGACGAUCUGAAGAAGGCUAUACCCUUCAUGUCAAGUGAAAAAAUGAGUAAAAUACAAACAUUGAAACUAGCUACGAAAUAUAUAUUAUAUCUGCAAUUUAAGAACAGAUGCGAUUUUUGUCAAAAAAUUAUAAACGAAGAUGUGAAUCCAGCAAACAAGAGUGUGAACCACGAUGCGAAACACGAUGCGAACUCAUUGCACGUGAUGCAUGAAGAGAUAUUACCAGUAGCUUUUAGGGAGUGGUGUAGAAAAAAUCUGGUGCAGAUAAAUAACAUGUAAUGUUUAUUUCUAAGACCCUAAAUAACAUUUAGGGUCUUAGAAGUUGGAAACCUUAGAAAAAAAAGUAAAUGUUAAUCUAUUUAUAUUGUUUUAAAAAUUGUUAAAUAAAA